AUGUUCCUCGGAAGCAUGAUAUUGGCGUAUUCAGUUGAACAAUCCGGACUCCAUAAACGAUUAGCUCUGUGGGCUAUUCGUGCUAUUGGAUACUCGCAUUACAAAACUUAUCCAAAUGCUCCAGAAUACUUAUCAUUUCCCAAGUUCUCGGCAUUCGCUCUCCCUUAUAUGUUCUUAAUGGAAGCUGCUAUGUAUUUGUAUCUGGUGAUAGUUUACUUGGGAUUUUUAAGACCAAAAAGUGAUGCUGCACAAAGGUCUAAACUCACAGCAUCUGGUAUAGAAGCAGCAAAGAAAGUAGUUAAUGAAGAUUAUAAUAAUUUGGUCAAGUGUAACCGCAGUUCUAUUAUUUGCAGCAUUGGAGAUUCCGCAGCAGCUAUGCUGGUUGCAUUUCUAAUGUAUUUAUUACCAUCAACCCUGAAUUUCUUUAAUAACUGCAGAGCUAAAGUGUACGAGGAUCUGCCAAAACAUCCUAUACCUUCGGUUCUCCAGUGGAAAACAAUGAAUGACAUUAUGCCGUACAGCUUCAUGUUUUUAUUAGGAGGUGGAUUUGCUCUAUCAGAAGCAGCUAAAGAAGAAUACACAGAUCUUAAUGGAAAAAUCGGAGCUGUGUUGAGCGACUUCAGAUAUUUGGGCAACGGAACGAUCCUUCUAUUGAUAAUAAUGUUUACCGUGUUUAUAACGAACUUCGCUUCUAAUGUCGCUGUUUGUAAUGUCAUAACGCCGAUUGUUAUGCAAUUGGCCAAAGAAAUCAACCAAAACCCGCUCUGGUACAACAUUGCAGCCGGUUAUUCGUCGUCAUACGCUUUUUGUCUACCAGUCGGAACGCCUGGAAACUUGGUUGUUCAGAGCGUUGCUAAUAUUCCAACUACAAAGAUGAUUAAAGCUGGUUUUGGUCCAACAAUAUCAACAAUAAUAAUAUCUUGGAUAUGCAUUUACGUCUGGGCUCCUGUUAUUUGGCCGGAUCUUCUUCUUCAUCCAGAUUGGAUAGAGAAUACAAGAACACAAUUUAAUUAA